AGAAAUUCUGAGGGUCUGGCUUCCAACAACAAAAAGAAAAGUCGCUUUGUUCUGGAGUUUCUUCUCUCUCUCUUCUUCUUUCCUUUUAUUUCCGUGGCAUCAAAAAUCAGGACGGUCGCUCACGGGGCACGGGGGGGCAUGUCAUGACGGCCCAGCUCUUCACUUCGCUCAUGAGCAACAGCACAGUAUUGACGACGGCAAGGGUGGAUGCGGAUGCGGUCGUGGUACCAAUACCAAUACAAUACCAGCACGGUCGUCACGGGCAGUCGGGCAAGGGCGCAUGGGGGCCAUUGUGUUGCCAUCACGCCAGCUUUAGACUCAUGAGCGAUGCAUCAUUCAUGGCAAGGUUCUGCUUUUCGAAUCAAGGUUGUUUCUCUGGGCCUUUCCUUCUUAUUUCAUUAAUUCUUCGUUUUUCUUUUCUUCCGAUUCUCUCUACCAAUGGUAUCGGGACGGUCAGUCAGUCAAGUCAGUCAGUGAGCAAGGCAUGGGCAUGGCAUGGCAUGGCAUGGCACAUUCACUCAAGGACUGGAUAGGGUUCACAAACAAGAGGGGUGGUGGAUCGGUUGUCGGGGGGAGGGGCGCCGUAA